CAACAGAAUUUCUGCACUUUGGUCUUGUCUGUUCAACGGCAACGUCCGUUAGAUCUGAGCAGCUAAAGAUAAAACGGGAUUUACUGCUGAAAACUCUUUUACCACACGGUUUUGAGUUACAGAGUUGAAACUUUUUCAUUACUCUCUUACUUUUGUUUGUGUGUGACUAUAUUUGUGUAACAAUGUGUACGGGAAAGUGCUCUAAGUUUAUAGGCAUUACGCUCUAUCCUCUGGCAUUACUGUCAAUUAUUUGCAACAUUUUGCUAUUCUUUCCUGGCUGGAGUGUGGAGUUUGCAGAGAAAGACACAGAAGAAAACCCUCGUCUCACAACUGAAGUCAAAUACAUGGGAGGGGUGCUUGGCGGUGGCAUCAUGGUACUGAUUCCAGCUAUUCACAUCCACCUGACGGGGAAACAGGGCUGCUGCGCAAACCGCUGCGGAAUGUUCUUGUCUAUCAUCUUUGCUGCGAUUGGUGUGGCCGGAGGUUUAUACAGCCUGGGUGUGGCUGCAGCAGGGAUGGCUAAAGGACCUGUUUGCAGUACUGCUAAUGGCAUCUGGGGAAGACCAUUCGAAAAUGGUACGGCGAACUACCUGCAGAAUCCUGACACGUGGAACAUUUGCACUCAGCCUGAAAACGUGGUUGAGUUUAACAUUGGCCUCUUCAGCACUCUGCUUAUCGCUUCCUGUGUAGAACUGCUGCUCUGUGGUUUCCAGAUGGUCAAUGGUCUCUUCGGCUGCCUCUGCGGUACCUGCAAUAGCAAAUCGGUCUAAUAUGUAUUCAGAGGAAGAAGUUGAUCACAAGGAAGACCCCAACUAUUAGCAUAGUACCUUUUCAAACACCAGCCAAUGUGGCAACAUUAUUGGCAUUGCUGAAGAAUCACCAGGAUACUCAACAAAAUGAUAUGAUAUGAUUCAUUUAAAAAAUAUUAAUAAUUUAUCAUUUUUGUACCAGCAACACAUUCUGACCCAGUGAUGAUAGCCUUGUAACAGAGUGUGUUUUUGUAUGACAUAAAUAAUAUUUUUUUAAUACUAAUCUGCAUACAGUUUAAAUGUGUCCUAAAAUUGUUCAAAUAAGUUUGUUUUCUGAAAAUGGAUAUUAAACAUGGAUAUUUACGGGUUGCAUUUUGUAAAUAAAAAUUUUAUCAUGAACUUA